CUUCUGUCUCAAUAGCUGCCCUACUACCGCUACCGUCCGUCCUCUUACUUUCCCUCCCACGAUGCCAUUCAACUUCCCUCACAUACACUCGAGAAGCACAUCGCAACAGGACAAUACCUUUGCCCCAAGCGCCGCUUCUGGUAUCUUGCAAGCUACCCAGAAUAUAGGAUCCUUUGGCGCGCCAACGGGAAAUCUCAACGCCGUUGCAACCAGUAAGACAACUGCUGGCACCGAUCGAUUCCUGCCUUCCAGCGGACCGUCGCCGACCUCGAACGUAGUAUCCCAUUCAGCAUCAUCAUCUACAUAUGGUCUGCAAAAUUCCAAUUCGGUGACGAAUUCUGCGCCUUCUGCCGGCGGGGUUCCCAACCAGACCCAGCGCUACGAAACUCCACGACGCUCCCAAGCAGAUGAGCUUCACAUGAACUCGAACGCAAACAACAUGGCAUCACAACGAGGUCCAUUAUCACCAAGAGACUAUACUCCCGGCGGUCCCCGAAUCAGUCUUGAGCAAGCCACUCCGGAGACAUCACAAUAUCAGAACGCGGGGCAGCAUCUUCCUGGCUCAUUACAGCCAGGCAGACCGGGUCCAAUAUCUGCGAACACGGCGCCAACCGUGCCAACCGUCCCUCAAGCAAUGUCUCAAGAUCAAUACUCGACCCCUUCGCGAUCAUCUGCUCUGGGCCUCUCGCAUAAUUACACUCGAUCAAGCCCAGCAGCUGGCUUUGAGGGUCAGAACUACUCUUCGUUCUCUCCAUCUACCCCCGGUGGGAGUGACCAGAACCAGUAUGCUUCUCCCACGAACCAGAAGUAUACGCCUCAGAACAACCAGAGGACCGUCUCAAAUACACCUCUAGGGCUCGCAGAUAUCAGACCCCGCGCCGACUCGAGCCUUUCUGAAGGGAUUCCUGGUGCCAAUCCAUAUUCAUAUGAUGGCGCCAAUUCUGUACCAACAAACAGCAACUACCUCGCUCCAUGGGCGAUAUAUGCUUUCGACUGGUGCAAAUGGCCCGCGCAGAACCACGACGCUGGAAAGGUGGCUGUGGGAAGCUAUCUAGAAGAUGGGCACAACUUUAUACAAAUUCUUGACUCGCAGAUUAUACCAACGCCAUCCGAAUCAUAUACACCUGGAGCUCCAAAAUAUGGAUUGGACUUUGUGAAGAUAGCAGAAGCGACGCACUCGUACCCUGUUACGCGCCUGCUCUGGGAGCCUCCAUCUUCCCAGAAGCAAUCGACUGAUCUUCUCGCAACAUCUGGCGACCACUUGAGAUUGUGGUCCCUCCCAUCAGAGACUCCGGUUACCUCCCCAGGCAACUCGAUUACCCGCUCGGCGAAUCAUGGCAGAGAUAUGCCAGCAAGCAAGCUCACACCAUUGGCUCUUCUCUCGAAUUCAAAAACGCCUGAGCAUACCGCCCCUCUUACUUCUCUUGAUUGGAACACAGUAUCGCCCAGUCUGAUAAUCACAUCAAGUAUCGAUACAACCUGCACGAUCUGGGAUAUUCCAACCUUGACUGCCAAGACACAAUUGAUUGCACACGACAAGGAGGUUUUCGAUGUCCGGUUCUGUGCCAACAGUGUUGAUGUAUUUGUUAGCUGUGGUGCAGAUGGAAGUGUACGGAUGUUCGACCUCCGAAGUUUAGAACACAGUACUAUCAUUUAUGAACCUACUGCCAAGGAUGACAAAGACGGCAGUCCUGGAGGCAGGAUAAGUCCUACAUUGGCACAACAAACAAUGUCGUAUGCUCCACCAUUACUGCGACUCGCUGCCUCACCACACGAUACCCAUUUGCUAGCCACAUUUUCUCAAGAUUCCAACCUAAUUCGCAUAUUGGACGUUCGCCAACCCGGGCAAGCAUUGCUUGAACUCCGAGGUCACGGCGCUUCUAUAAAUUGCAUAGAAUGGUCCCCAUCCCGAAGAGGAACCCUUGCAUCAGGAGCCGACGAUUCCUUAGUCCUAAUCUGGGACCUCCUCAGCCAGAGCACCGCUCUCGCACCACCUGGCCCAGCCAUCAAUGGUGCACCCGCUUCAGACAAUGCCCGUGGUCCAACAGCCAGCUGGCAGUGUGACUACGAAGUUGGCAAUAUCAGUUGGGCACCACACAGUGCGCUGAACAACGAUGGCGGGGACUGGUUGGGCGUCAGUGGCGGCCGGGGAAUCUGGGGAGUCAAACUUUGAGGGUGGAGAAGGACGUGGGUGAUGAAAAGUCAUGUGCGAGAAAAGCGAGCAAAGCAAUUUUCAAAUCGAGCAAAAAUCAACUCAGAAUCAUGAUUCGUAGAUGGGAUAUUUGAGCGUAUCUUUCCGCACUCAUGCAAGCAAGCAUUAUUCAAGCCAGGCGUUUUCGGGUAUAGUUGGUCUUGUGGGGAAUUGGCGAGCAAGGGCAGACUGGUAGGGCUUUGGCAUUGUAGCAGGGCAAUGACGAUGACAAUGGCAAUGGCACUGGAUUACGCGGUAUUUGGGACGAGCCAAGGGGUGGGCCAUGCCAUGCCAUGGCUAUAGCAUGAUAGAACGAGUGAUGAGGGAUGAGGCGAUGAGGCGAGGACGAUUUCUAGAGCAGCGGGCAGCAGCAAUUGUGUAACAUAAAUUAAGUACGAAGUUGAGGUGAGGAUUGGUGGUGAGGGCCAUGGACUACUUACUAUGACUAUGUUAAAAGCAAAUGAAGGAAUAGAGAGCAAGGGAAAUUGGAGGAAAAAACGUGUGACGGGUCCCAAUAGUGAGAAGCGAGGAAAGUGAUAUGUGUGUGCUCGACAGACUCGUCAAAAUUGCUAAUCGAUGGCUCACUUUCUUCACAGCCAUUUCAUAAGGAGUGGAAACUUCGUCUUAGUGUCGGUUAGAGUGAAG